ACACACUUUAUGAAAUCUGUUUUGAUAGUGAAUUGCUGUAACUUGUGUUAUACCUACAGAAAUAGGGAAUUAUUGUGACUUGUGUUAUUAAUACAUAAAGUUUACUAUCUUAGCAAAAUAUUAUCAAAGUUUAUAAGUUCCUGCAAGUUAUAAUGACUAGGUAUUUGAGAAUUCUAAAGAAAUAUUUAUUUCGAUUAAUUUAAGAUCCGUUUACAGAAACAAAAUAGUAAAUUGGAAUUCACAAUUUAUGAAUAACCUUGUUUCAGGUUCUUAAAAGUGUUCUCAGGAGUAUACAUUUAAUGUUAAGGUCUUUAACAUGGACAAUAAUAGUCUUGUAAAUGUGACGGAAGGUAACAAUCAUGUUCAAAGUAAAAAUCAAACGGACAGGUCUUCAUUUGAGCCAUACGAAGAAGCUGCUGCAACAAUUUGUUUACUUUUGUUCAUCAUCAUAGUUUGCCUGAAUGGACUUGUAAUUUACACCCUCGUGUUCAGAAAACAUGAAAAGAGUCGCCUCCUCUAUUUUGUACUGAAUUUAGCAAUAGCAGAUUUCCUCGUGGGUGUAUGCAGUGUUCUUGUACUUGGUAUAACUAGUGCAAUGCAUAAAGAAUGGUAUGGUGGUGACAUUAUGUGUAGACUUAAUCGUUUUAUGUCAACAACGACUGUGAUUGCAUCUAAUAAUCUUCUGAUCAGCAUGAGUGUAGACAGAUUUCUGGCAAUUAAGUAUCCAUUGAAUGUUCUUAGAAUAGGUAUUCAUAGGUAUAUGAACAAGUGCUUGGUCGGAGGGGCAUGGCUUAUCAGUAUAGUGGCCUCAAGUUUUUUCAUAAUUUACAGUCAGGGAGUAAAUGCAAAUCCAAAUGGUGCUGAUAUUUAUGAACAAAAAGGUGGCUGUAAAAUUAAAUUUCCAGAUAAUUGGUGGAAGCCGUAUAGUUUAACAGUUGCAGUAAUAGUCUAUGUUUUACCAACAAUCGGUAUAACAGUAUGUUAUGUGGGUAUAUGUAUCAUAGUUUGGAUGAAAUGGCGUUCAAGAGUGAAAUUAUCAGAGAUCAACACCGAUGCAAGCAGAGACCGACUUCCAAAGGCUAAGAUAAAGAGCAUCAAAAUGACAAUGGUCGUUUGUUUGGCCUUUUUCUUAUGCUGGACACCUUAUUUUGUAGUAAUGUUGAUGCACAUUUUUCACCCAGGUACGGUGGGACAGAAAUUAUCUCUUUUAUUCAACUGUCUAUACCCACUCAACAGUGCCUGCAAUCCUCUCAUAUUCAUGUUAUUCAAUCGCAAACUGUUCUUGUUCACUUGCGACACUUAGGGACAAAAUAUCAACAUACUGUACAAUCGUAUGAAAAGAGGAGCACACAAAUGACGUCAACUUGUCUAGGUGCUUGUAUUUCGUCAGUACUCGAGAUGCUACACGUUGGAAUAAG